GCCCCGCCGUGAGCGACCUGCGGUGCUCAGUCCCUUAGCAAACCUCUGCUGGCAUCCACGGGCUCUGUGCCCCUUAGCUGAACACUCAAUGCGUUCAGAUAAAUCAGUCUUGUGGAAGACGAGGAAAACCAAAAUGCUGUAAACUUCUCUUUUAGUUCAAUACAUUGCACAUCACAUCAUUGAUAAACUCACAGUUUAGUUACAGGAUGUUUCCAAUCAAGUAUAUUGUGGUUUCUCCCGGACCCCCUAUUUUUCUUUCGUUAGGGCAGUUUCUCUGGCUGGUGUUUCUUGAAAAACAAAAGUUGAUAGGAAGUCUUCAGAUGAGAGAGAAGCUUUGAUUUUACCAAAAUACUGACGUUUAUGGGUGAUGUGUGUGGUGGGAUGGAUUUAUGAUGACCAAAUGUAAUGGAACAGUUUCUUUUCAGUAUCUCAUGGAAGACAUUUUUUACCUUGUGUUUGCAAGGCAUUAUCUCGCCCUUCUGAAUCUCAGUUUGGGGUUCUUUUGUGUUAAGCUAAAGUAACUUUGUAAGUCUAACCCAAUCCACUUGUGUAUCCUAGUUUAUAGCUUUUAGCCAGAGGUCAGCUUCUUGCUCUAUUUGUUCUUUGGGCGUGAUGCAUUUUUCUGGGAAAUGUGUUAAGCACUACAACACAAACAGUAACCACUUGAUACAAUUACUGAAGUGAAGCCCUUCAAAGCUCCUAUUUAUUUGAUGUUGCAAUUUACUGCUAGGAACUUCAAUUUACUGUUUUUGAAUUGGUUUGUUAGUUUUCAUGAAACACUACUUUUUUUUUUUGACACUAUUUAAAUAAAAUAUUGUUGUAAUGAAUUAAAAACUGUAUUGUAAAAAAAAAAGAUGUUUUCCUUGCUCUUGUUUGCUGUUACUUAUAGCCGUCUUAAACUUCAGAUAAUGACAAAAUGUCCUCUAGAGGGAGAUCUUGUUGCUUUUAUGUGCUGAAAUGUUGGUCAUCUUGUUCCAGUUAAUGUCUUGAUCACUUAUCUUGGGAAAGAUCUGUGAUGAUGAAUGUGUGUAUCUUAAUAAGUACCUAUAUUCUGGAUCUGUGCUUAGAAAUUUGCUAACAGAAUAUAUAGUCAUGUAACUCUUCUGUAGGUUACAUGAAACAUGGUUAUUUUAAUUCAAAUAGAUCUAAUUCUGAAGUUAAAUGAAUAAUCUUUGCAAGCUCCAGAGUCCUACUGCUACAGAAGUAUUUGUAGGACCUAUGUUUGUGGUGUCCCUUCAUUUGUGGUGUCAAUUCUGCAAAUGAUUAUGAAGAUACUGACUUUCAUGCUGCAUUCCCUGUUGUCAUCAAGAUGCUUUUGAGGGCAGUUUGUUUGCUGACCUGAACCAAGAAUUUCAGCAGCCUGUCUGAAAGUGUUGUGGGUUAAAUCUCGUCAGCGUAAUGAGUGCUAACAGCUUGGCAGGGAAACAAAGCAGUAAUAAAAUGUCACAUUUAAUCAGUCUUACCAGUACUUCCUGCCUAUAAACAGCAGAGCAGAAAUAUUACUUUGCAGACACAUCAGUUGUUUGAAUGUAGUUAACUCUAUACUGUACAUACUCCAUACAAAUAUUUGGAAAAAUCUUGGAUUUUUAGGAGGGUGAAUUAUUCUGCAGGUUACAUAUGUUGUCUUAGCAUGAGAUUUCUUUCUCCUGUACAUAAUGAAAAAAACUUAUUUCACAGUUGAGGCAUCUAUGCUCUCGUUUUUCUGUAAGUAGAUGCAAAUAUGAAUUCAAUGUAGCUUCUGACAUACCUCAUCUGUAAAACUAAAGGCUGUGUGGAACAUGCUCUGUGGAUAUAGUUGGAAAAUUUCCUUAUACUGCAAGGCUGCUGAAGGGGUCAAAAAUGUGUUCACAUUUUUACUGCCAGUUGAACCCCUACACACUUCUUUCAAGUCAUCUGUACUGUUAAGAUAUAGAUAUUGUUAGACUGACUCCAAAAGAUUUGUAGUAUUUAUAUUCUUAUGAAUGUACAUACAAAACCACUACAUAAUUAAAUAAUUUCUUCUAUGUGUGUGUAUAGAAGUAAUGCUGGAAGUAAGGCAAAGUAAUUUGCUGUAUUUAUAUUGCAAGGUUGUUUUCCUUUUCAUCCUCAUUGUCAUUGUUUUGUGGUAUGCAAAUACACCUCUGCAAUGCAUUAAAAAUGUAUGCAAAGGGCUUGGAGGCAAAUCGUGUUGUUUAAUAGAAUGUACAGUGUGUUAUAAUAGAGGAAUAAAUUCCAUUAAUAAACAGAAAUAAGAGGUUUGAAAUUUUUCUUUAAGAAAGGCAUAUUUAUAUCCCUUAGUUACUCAAAUUGUAGACUCUGUAAUUAAUUGUGCUCUGAAUAAUCAAUUCUUUAUUUUAGAUCAUAAUUUUGGAGGAUUGCAGCACUGAGAUCUCUGGAGUCUGCUGUGUCUAGCCAUAAUGAGUUUGGUUGCUUAUGAAGAUUCAGACUCUGAGACAGAAGCUGAAAAGACUGAAGCCCUCGAUGCUUCUGGCAGACAAACAAACCAGCUGAGUUCUUCUGUGAGUUGUGUUCAGCACUUUGCACCUGGUAGUACAAAAUCUGCAUAUGAAAUGCACCCUUCUGGGAGCGCUGGCAGAUCUGGCAGGAGCAGGGUUUGUGAAGAUCCCCCUGAGCAUUAUGCACAGAAUAACAACACUGACACGGCACGUCCCUAUUGUCCCAGGGUGUACUCUGGCCAUGCUGCAUUAUCUGUGGCUUACAAAAACUAUGAACAGGCUUCAAGCUCUUCAACAAAUUCUGGAAAUGGUGUUUCCCAGAAGAGAACACAUAAAGACAACACUACUACCAUAACAGGAAUUAGACCAUAUAUCCCUAAACGACUGCGUCAAGAAAAUUCCAGUAAACCUGAAAAAGAAGAAGCUGACCAGAGAGGUAGCUCAGAUUGUGAUGUUAAGUUUAGUGUAUCAGGAGAACAGACUUUGAGAAAGAUCUCUGAUUUAAUUAAGCCAUAUUUGGGAUCUAAAUAUAAAGUGACUGAAAUUCCCAAAAGCUUAAUAUUUUGCAUGUCUAAACACAGCGGCCCAGUUAAUGAAAUCCAGUGGUGUCCUGUACGGGAACAAAGUCACAUGCUUCUCUCAGCUUCUAUGGACAAAACAGUCAAGGUAUGGGAUGCUGUAGAUACAGGCUGCUGUUUAAAAUCCUUCUCCUGUCACUCCUGUGCUGUUCGGGCUGCCCGGUGGUCGUUCUGUGGAAGAAGGAUCCUCAGUGGGGGCUUUGAUUCCAUGCUGCAUUUAACUGAUGUAGAAACAGGGAAGCAGAUAUUUAGCAGCAAAACAGAAUUUAGGAUCAGUGCACUGAAGUUCCACCCUACAGAGUCAAAUGUUUUCCUUUGUGGAGGGUUCAGCCCAGAAGUUAAAGCGUGGGAUUUAAGGACUUCUAAGGUGUUGAGAGUGUACAAAGCUGCAGUACAGCAGACUUUGGAUAUACUCUUCCUCCCUGAAGGAAGAGAAUUUCUUACCAGCACGGAUGCAGUGAGCCGGGACUCAGCUGAUCGCACCAUCGUUGCGUGGGACUUCCAAAGUGCUGCCAAAAUCUCCAAUCAGAUUUUUCAUGAGCGUUACACGUGCCCAAGUCUGACCCUGCACCCAAAGGAGUCUGUGUUUGUAGCUCAGACCAACGGGAACUACAUGGCUUUGUUUUCUGCCCAGCGACCCUACCGAAUCAACAAAAAGAAAAGAUACGAAGGACACAAGGUGGAAGGAUUUGCAGUGGGCUGUGAAUUUUCUCCAGAUGGAACACUCUUGGUGACAGGAAGUUCAGAUGGCAAAGUGUUUUUCUACAACUAUCAUACUUCAAGGAUUAUUCGCACUUUGUCUGCACAUAAAGAAGCUUGUGUGAGUGCAAUAUUUCACCCAGUCCUGCCAUCGCUCCUUGCAACAUGUGACUGGGCUGGAGAAAUCAAGAUCUGGCAAUAACAAGCAGAGUUACUUUUUAGGAUGUCUCUCUCCUGUUAGUCUGUCAAAGGCUUAGGAAAUAAACCGGAGUAUGGAAUGUGAAAUUCUGUUGGGAUGUGUUGUAAGAAGGAGAGAGACUGUUGUCUUUUCUUCUAUGACCUCUAUGUUUAUGCUUUCAUAAUGCAGUUAAGAUGGCUCUUUGUUUAGCUGUUGAGAAGUGGUACUACUGUCUCUCUCAACCCUGGAGACAAAUUUUAAAAUCUUUUGUGUCAAUCUUUUAGUGCUCAUCCAGUCCUAUUCUGCUUUGAGUGAGUACCUAAAUUUAAGAAAAUUAAUGCUCUUUUUAUGCAUCUUGUCAAUGCAGCUUUCUUAGACCAGGGUUUAUCAUAGAAUCAUUUAGGUUGGAAAAGACCUUUAAAAUCAUUGAGUCCAAGCUUUAACCCUGUACAGCCAAGUCUACCACUAAACCAUGUCCCAUAGUGCCACAUCUGCAAAUCUUUUCAAUACCUCCAAGGAUGGUGACUCCAGCACUUCCCUGGACAGCUGUUCCAAUGCCUGACAUCCCUUCAGCUGAAGAAGUUUUUUCUGUUAUCCAAUCUUGACCUCCUCUGUCACAAUAUGAGACUGUUUCCUCUUGUCCUCACCAAAAGAUGAGGACAUACUAUUUAACAGUGAAUGAUGUUCAGAUCAGUUAAUAUCUAUUCCAUCUUCCUGAGAUGUUUUUUCCCAUUUUUGUAUUAGUUUAGCUCCCUGACCUGAUCACUGGAGGGUUAGAGAAGCAAUACUGUAGUUCAAGGCAAAAUAGCUUCUAUGCACAAGAAAGGGGAAGGUUACAGGGCAGGUAGGACUGCUUCUUCUUAUAAUGCACAGUCUAUUAUCAGCUCAACUUACUGUAAAAUGCCUUCUGAGAGUUCAGGGAAAGGUGUGACAGAUUGCUUGAACCUAAUUUUGAAGUCAAUACAUUUGUGUUCUUGGAAUCCUGAUGUUCAAACUUGAGUUUUAAACUUACUU